CACGACACCGCUAACAUACUUCCAAGUAGAGAGAGAAUAACUAGAGAGAGAGAGAGCCAUGGAUGGAAUGCAUGAUCAUGGUAUGGGUGAUAUGGGUAUGGGUAUGGAUAUGGAAAUGAAUCACAUGACCUUCUUUUGGGGGAAGAAUGUAGAGAUACUAUUCCAUGGAUGGCCUGGACACAAUUCUGGCAUGUACGAGUUGUCCUUGAUAGUGGUCUUUGCUUUGGCUGUUAUUGUUGAGUGGUUCUCUCAUUGCCAGUUAAUCAAGGCCGAUACGAACUAUGUCACGGCCGGGUUGGUUCGGACCAUUAUGCAUGCUUUGAGGGCUGGUGUUUCUAUGUUACUGAUGUUGGCUGUCAUGUCCUUUAAUGGUGGUGUAUUCUUAGCUGCUGUGGUCGGUCAUACUGUGGGGUUCUUGCUUUUUGGGAGUGGGAUUUUCAACAAAUCACAUACUACUCAUCCUCAUAAAGUUUCUGAUCUUCCUCCCUUGAGUUGUUGAUUUGAAUAAUUCAUCUCUGUUUCUAAGAAUUCGUCAACCGUGAUGUUCGUUUUGUGUUAGUUUUGUUUGUUUCUCAGUUCACCCGCCAUUUGCAUCGUUUUUGGCGGUAAAAAAAUAAAAAUGCGUCUGGCGGAGUAAAAUAACAAAAAUGUGUUUGGCACCGCACGUACCACUCGCCAUUCGGUGUGAAAACACGUUUAUUUUAUUUUUUCCAAAAUUUGUCUUUAAUCAAUUUUAUUAUAUAA